GAACUGAAGUGGACCACUUACAGUUUUAAAGCAGUAUCCAUCGACAGAUAACCUUCCCCUGAUUUAACUUCAAGAAGUUUUCUACCUCCUCUGCUCCUCUAGGACCUACUUUUUAUUUUAAAAAGGGGGGAAACCCCUCCCAUUUUUCAGCUGGGCAUGAAGAAGUAGAUCCACGCCGUGCACGGAGCACCGAGAAGCGGGCUCCUCUCGCUUCUUCCGCCUCCUGCUGGAGCUGGAGAGAUGCCCGGGGCAGGAUGUGCUCCAGCCGCAAGAUUCUGUGGAGCCUGCUCCUGCUGUCGGUGGUGGAGGUGGGCCUGGGUGUGGCGAGCAUCGUCCUGGGAGCCGUGGGCAUCAGCUGGGUCCGGGGCCAGUACAAACCGCAACAAGGGGACGCGUCUCCGGUGUGGAGCGGACUCUGUGUACGUCCUGGGAGCAACUUUUGGUCCCACUUUUUCACUUCCAGAGAGGAUAAGUAACUCAUACGAGUUUCUGGUCUGUGGGAUGUGCGGAGUGCUGUGUGCUCGAAAAAGGACUGGUCUUAUUAUGAUCCUAUUUUCAGCGUGCUGUAUCUGCGGCCUGAUUGGUGGGAUCCUCAACUUCCAGUUUGUCAGAGCUCUGAACAAACGUCCAGACUCAAUGAACUCCAUCCAUCUGGCAGCAAUGACACUGGCCUGUCUGGGUAUCUCCUCCUGUACGUUAUCUACAUGGCUGACUUGUCGCUUGGCCAGCUCGGAGCAGCAGAGGAUGUUCCUGGAGAGGGAGCACUCGUUGCACCACUCACACGAGAUGACCGAGAAGGAGAUCCUGGACAAUUCCAGUAAUGGCAUACCCCAGAUCUCCUAUAACGGACACACCACAGCAGCUUCACCGUGAUGGCAUGUCACUGGAGCAUCUGUGUCUUCCUACAUGCCCUGCAGUAUACACAGUAACUAAAUACGCUGACCGCAGGAAGCGGAGGGAGUAAAACCAGGUCUCUCUCACCUUGGGACUCUUCAUCGCUAGAGUCAACAGCAAGACAGAGAAGGUCUGAAUAAUUAUGCAAACAGAAGUUCAAAGAUGCAGAACAGAUGCUGUGUGGGCAAUAAUUCAGGUGACAGACAUCUGCAGGACAUCAUGUGACCUUUGAACCAAUGAGCAUUAAGGAUGGACUCUGCAAUCGGAAGCCUCAAAGCGAUGAGCACAAACCAAGCAUGCAGCUGAUUCACUUGUUAUGAAGAGCUAUUUCAGUCUCAGUGUCCUUACUCUCUCUAUAUGUUAUGGAAUGCAGAUCUUGAGAUAGGCUAUCUGUAUAAUGGAAUGCUUAUCAUGAAAAUACAGCCAUGCACAAUGUACUGAACUGUUUAUCCAUGCUUGUAUUUCAGGUA